CACUAACACUCAUCUCUCGAGCUCAGGCUAAAUCUUGGUAGGUUUGCACAAGAAGGUCUUAAUGUUCGCAUAUAUAACGUUGACGAUUGCAGGAAAAUACCUCUCACAUUAAUCCCUCCUUAAGGCUUAAGCGUGUAUAUCCCUGCAAAUCGUAGGAUCGCGAUGUCUACCAGAAAAAGAUCAAAACGGGAUCGUGCUUCUUCAAAAGCAACCUCGCAAGCCAAAGAGACAUAUCUGCCAGGCUCUUUGUCUGAAGGCUCUGACCAUGUCAACCAGUCAGACUUGCCGCCUUCAAGACCACGCAAGGAGAUAUUAACGCCUGUGUCCCCACCUGGACAUAGGGCGCCUUUGCGUUACUUCAUAUACACCUUGGUGACGACAGCCCUUCUCUUCACGGUGUGGUAUACGUACACCACAGCUAUGGAGCUCAGGCAGUGGAAAGAGGAAGUCGGGUGGUGGGGAAUGUUCGUUGGGCGAUUUGGGAGGCAACAUGAUGGAUUGUAUAGCAACCAGUGGAGAGGUCAGGAGGUGACGGGAGAACUUGAAGGGCAUCUCAGUCAGCUUGCAUUCGCGCUCGGAAUCCCCGCAACAGACUUAGCUUCGGCUGUCAAACCACUUGUGCCACCUGCGACACUGUCUAGUCUUGCGCCUCAGGCUACCAGUGAGGCGAUGAAGGUUCUUGUGGAAGACUUGCGUUAGAAAAAGUCCCCUGAUGGUGUUGAAAGCACUGCUGAAGGGCUUGUGACUCAAAUUCCACUUGUACAUCGAGGACAAUCUGUAAUUUCGAGGAUCAAUGCUAGUUCUUACCGCAUCGUAGGAAUUAUAAAUAAUAUCAGACUGUAUAUAAGUCUGCUCUGUGUUGGCUCUGGGCACAAUUACUGCAAG